AUGUACGCCAUCACCAAAUAUUGCAACUUCAGUAUAAUGUCCUCCCAGGCGCUUCAAGACAAUAACGAUACCCACGAUGAUUAUGACUUGCGCUUGGGGUUUAAUCACUCUACAAGGGCUGAACAACCAAGUCUCACCCCACAAAUCUCCCAGUUCUUCGAUUUCAACGAUCUCGGAUUCAACAUGGUUACCUGGAUGAAAGAACAGGGCGAUAUCGAUGUCCAUUUCGGGUUCGAUGCGAACAUGGGAUACUUUCUCAUUGUCUACGAUAUGCGUCUCGCAGCCUAUAUCCCUGACAGGACUGAAUUCGACGAUGUCCGAUAUGCCGUAUCAGCAGACGGUACUGGGGCCUAUUUCACGGCUUAUACUGGGACUCAUAGACAGGGACGACGUGUCAGUGUUGAGACGAUGAGGAAGCUUUGGAAGGCUUAUGGAGUCUACGAGGAAGGUAACCGUGGAGACAAGUGGGCCGCGGGCUCUAAUCUAUCUGCCUGA